ACGUCAAACCACAGCCCCAUGCCCGACGAAGACGAUUCAGACUAAAAAGGCUGAAAAGCGCCCACGGAACAUUGUCCUCCGCCGCCUUCCUGUUGUCCUGUGCUGUGAGGCGAAAGUUUUUCGUUCGGUUCGUUUAUUGAUUGAUCCUGCAAUCCCUGAUUGAUUGGUGGCUGCGAACGGUGUGAGCACAGAGUGAUUCAGCGGAUAGAGAGAGAGCGCGAUUGUGGUGGCCCAGACGACUUCGUGGAAGUCCCGUUUCGCGUUUGUCCGUCUUACUUUUUUGCGUUACGUUGCCUUUCGUUCAUACCGCAGAUUUUAGACGGUGCUGUUGGAUAAAACGAUCCACAUUCGGUGUUACUUUCAACCGAAAGCAAUCCGGCUUUGCUAAUCGGCUAGCAGGCAUUGGAAAAUUUCAUGCCCCCCCGUCACUACUCACCGCGCUACCUUGCAAAUUUUCGUCACAAAGCCGAAGGAACACACCUCACGCCGCGGGGCCGCCUAGAGCGUACAUGAGAAUUGAUUCUGCUGAAAGGCGUGAAAGUGUAGUUUCUCUAGUGAGUGGCCCGUCUUUCCUUGUUAUCGGAUCCGCGCCCCGUUCCAUUGUGACCACAAGCGGCACACAAAGAGCAACAGUGUCAACGAACUGCGCCCGGUGUCCAGCCAGCGCCCAGCAGCCGUCGCGAAAUGGCGAAAACGUACGACUAUUUGUUCAAACUUUUACUCAUCGGAGACUCCGGCGUCGGCAAAACCUGCAUACUGUUUCGCUUCUCGGAGGAUGCCUUCAAUACCACAUUCAUCAGCACGAUCGGAAUUGAUUUCAAAAUCAGAACGAUCGAUCUCGAUGGGAAAAAGAUCAAGCUACAAAUUUGGGAUACGGCGGGCCAGGAACGUUUCCGCACGAUCACGACCGCGUACUACCGGGGCGCGAUGGGCAUCAUGCUAGUGUACGACAUCACACAGGAGAAAUCGUUCGAGAACAUUAAAAACUGGAUACGAAACAUUGAGGAAAAUGCAUCGGCCGACGUGGAAAAGAUGCUGCUCGGCAAUAAGUGUGAGCUGAACGAGAAAAGACAGGUAACGCGCGUCCGGGGCGAACAGCUGGCUGUAGAGUACGGUAUCAAAUUCAUGGAAACCUCGGCUAAGGCAAGCAUCAACGUGGACGAUGCGUUCUUCACUCUGGCACGUGAUAUUAAAUGUAAAAUGGAGAAACGGAUGGAAGCAAACAAUCCUCCGAAGGGUGGACACCAGCUAAAACCACAGGUGGAACCACGGAAGGCUCCCAGUUGGUUAUCGAAAUGCAAUCUGUUUUGACCUUGUAGUAGUCUUAUGGAUAAUUAUUACUUUUUUAUAUAACACACUAAAUAAUAAUAAUAAUUAUUAUUAAAACAAUGUAUGUAAACGGAUAAUGUCGAGACAAAAACAACCAACAUAACGCAAAUGAUAAGACCCCCACAACACACACAGCUUAGAAGCAUUCACAUUCAGUCGUUGCAUCGUCAUUAAAAACAGAAACUUGAUUAAAACGGCGCAAAAUCAGGUGCAGCCACUCGGGGUGGACGUACGCGCUGGUGACCUUUUACGCGAACCCCAAAUCGGAUUAGACGACACCACCAGACGCUCGGCUGUCCGGUGCCCGGGCAAUCGUUUUCAUCGUUCAAUCGCAUAAAUCCGUUCCAACUAACCUAUCAACUUCUUUGAUGCAUCUUCCUUCUUUGGAACCAUUGGACGACGAUGGCGCAGAGGUCGUAAAUGACUAUCGCGUUGUGAUAGAACUGUGCAAGGUUUGUGAUGUGCGAAUUCGAUUUGUCCCUUUACGAUUACAGAGUGUGUUACGAAAUUACCCCCCUUUUUGCGAUAGCCGUAUGCGGUUAGUCGGCAUGCAAUAUGGCUCAGCUAAAUAUAUCUGAACGCGUGUGUUAAUAGAGCUUUGCUUUCGUAUAUAACCACCUGGGGAGAAGCGCUGAAUGCAGCGUUAGCAGCUGGCAAAGGAACUGUCGCUCAAUUCACAAACCCUCGGGAGAAGAUAGGCUCGCGUCCCGCGGACACUCAUCUACACCAUUCCAUCAACGAGAACAGUGACGGCGCAUUGGCCGUCGAGACCAGGCACGACCAAGUCGUGUGGCUAAAAUGUAACUUCCGUUCGCUUCCGUUUAAUUUGCGUCCGUUUUGAUGGACGGAGCAGAUUCCAAACUGUGCACGAAGAAACUCCUCACGUCUGAACGCUGUGCGAACCGCGGCGGCCGCAAUACGACAGGUUUUCUAGCCGUUAUCGACAUAACAUCCAUUCAUACCAAACCACAAACACACACACAUCGAGGAACCGAAACUCUUGUAGGUCUUUUUUUCUUGAAAUGGUGAAAAUAAACGACAUAAGGGGAACAUAAACUUGUGGGCAGGAAAUGGAAGAGAGGAAAUUCA